AUGGCUCCUAAAUCCUUGAUCUUGUUUACCCUCCUAACCCUCUCAUUAUCCUUCCCUGCGAUUACAGCCGUGAAAUACUAUGUGACAAAUGUUGCGGCCAAUACCCCAGGCGGCAUCCGUUUCACCAACGAAAUCGGAAUUCCCUACACAAAGCAAAUAAUGGGUACCAUCAACAACUUCAUAUGGUCCAUAAUCUUCCAAGAAAACAACCCUUCAGAUCGAAGCCCAAUAGAUUCUGUAAUUGUUUACAUUGUAGAGUUCGAUGGAGCCGAAGCAAUCAGAUGGGGUGCUAACCUCAUUAAUGUUAGUUCCAUAUAUUUAAAAGGAUACGAAGGAGACUUGAAAUGGGAAUUCACAUCCCUAAUGUACCAUGAAAUGACGCAUUGUUUUCAAUGGGAUGGUGAGGGUCAUGCACCGGUAGGGUUGGUUGAAGGGGUCGCCGAUUAUACAAUCUUAAAAGCAGGAUACGCACCAGAAGGGUUCGCAAAACCAGGACAAGGGGAGCGUUGGGAUCAAGGGUAUGAUUUCACCGCUCGUUUUCUUGAAUAUUGUGACGGGAUCAUCCCCGGGUUUGUGGCAAAGCUUAACAAGAAAAUGAGGUUUGAUUAUGAUGUCAAGUAUUUUGAAGACUUGACGGGAAAGCCCGUUGAUCAACUUUGGAAGGAGUACAAGGCUAAAUAUGUACAUGAACAUUGAUAAUUUGAUAUGAUAGUAGGAUCUAUCAAAUGUG